AUGCUGCUAAAGGUGUUGGAUUUAGAUGGAGCUGAAUUGGACAACAUCCCAAAGGAAGUCUUCAAACUAUUUCAACUCAAGUGUCUUGGUCUUUGUAGAACCAAAAUUAAAAUUAUUCCAAAGUCUAUUAGGAAGCUUAAAAACCUUGAAGUUUUAGCUCUGAUGGAAACCAGCAUAAAAGAGUUGCCUGUGGAGAUUGUAAAGCUAAGAAAACUACGUUCGCUUUCCUUAGGUGGAAGUGGUGAUUAUUCAAAUAACUUUGCAGCCUGGGGUGGUAAAUCUCCAGAUGGAAUUGGAAAGCUUCUUUCCUUGGAGGAUUUGAAUACCAUAGAAGCAGACAGUGAUAAAACAGUAAGGGAGAUUGGCAAGCUCAUGCAGCUACGGCGAUUAUCCAUCACAAAGUUGAGGGGAAAAGAUGGAAAGGAGUUGCUCUCCUCCCUUCUGAGGCUGACCAACCUUCAAGAAUUGUGCAUCUCUUGCUUUAAAGAAGAUGAGACCCUUGAUUUCCAACAUUCUAUCUCUCCGAAACUUGAAUUCCUUACAUUACUAUGGUUGAAUGGGCGUUUGGAGAGAGUACCACAAUGGAUGAUAUCACUUCAAUCCUUGAGCAUCUUACGCUUGUACAAUAGUGGGUUCAGAGAAGAUGAGAAUGCAAUAGGCUCCCUUGGAUGUUUGCCUAGUCUAGUAAUACUUGGUCUCAUUUUUGCUUAUGAUGGGGAGGCACUGUGUUUCAAGAAUGGAGGAUUCCGAAAACUCCAGACUUUAGAGCUUAUGCAAUUCAAAAGAUUAAAAUGGAUGAGAGUGGAAGAGGAAUCAAUGCCUAGUCUCAAAAAAUUGAACUUAGUUGGUUGUAAGCUGAUGCAGGAGUUGCCUUCAGGCAUCCAAAACUUGACCACACUUCAAUGUCUUGGAUUUUAUGAUAUGUCUGAUGAGCUAAUGCACAGAGUACAGAAUUUGGAUAAACAAAGUGAAGAUUAUCAGACAAUUGCUCAUAUCCCUGAAGUUUGCACUGGUUACUGGAUUGAUGGUCGAUGGGAAAAAAAGUUCCUCUAA